ACCGACGCCAUGUUGGCGGAUUGAUCCCAUUGUGCGUCUGUGUUCAUACGUGCUACAUUCUGCCGCGUUUGAUAUUUGUAUAUACAAAAGUAUAUGGAAUUUUGCAAAUAAAAACGAAUUGAAGAAGGCAGUUAACAUCGAACAUCGUGCAAUUUUUGCUUUCUGUACAUUACCAAAAUGAUGUACACGGGGACUACCGCGUCGCAGGACACGAGGUUCAGCGAUAAGGAGAAGAAACUUCUUAAACAAAUGAAAUUUGGAGACUCUCUUACACAGAAGGUGGAUAUGAGCAAAGUUAAGCUGGAUGUUAUUAAACCAUGGAUAACUACAAAGAUUACCCAGAUUUUAGGCAUGGAGGAUGAUGUAGUGGUAGAAUUUGUAUAUAAUCAACUGGAAGAAAAGUUUCCUGACCCCCGAAAAAUGCAGAUCAACCUCACUGGCUUUCUGAAUGGAAGAAAUGCUCGAUCUUUCAUGGGUGAACUAUGGGACCUCUUGGUCUCUGCUCAAGAAAGUGUAACGGGCAUUCCAGAGGCUUUCUUGCAACAAAAGAAAGAUCAAAUAAAAAAACGUUUGGAAGAGCAGGAGAAACUCCAAGCUUCUUUGGCGGAGAAAGAAAAGGAAAAGGAAAGAGAGAAAGAAAAAGAUGAAGCCGAAAGCAAGAUAAAAAAAGAAGAGAAAGAACGUGGUUCUUCGAAGGAGCGUCGAAGAGAUCGAAGUAGAGAUCGUGAUAGAGACAGAAAAAGAAGUCGAUCGAGAGAUCGACACAGAGAUCGUGACAGAUCGAGCCGCAAAAGACGAUCAUCUUCGAGAUCGCCUAGUAAAAAUUCGCUUAAAGACAACGGAAAAGAUAUGACUGAAAUUAAAGUCGAACGAGAAGAUUCACCUCAACCUGAAAAUGCUAUACCGCUCAUGCCAGUUAAGACAAAACCGGAAGCCGCUGUUGCGAUAUCGCGAUUACAAGCUAAAUUAAUGAGCAUUGCUGAUGGGAAAAAGAAAAACAAUCGUACUCCAUCUCCUGAAUCAUUAGAAAAAGCAAAAAAAUCUAGAUCUAGAUCAAAAUCGCCUAUAAGCCGCUCCAAAAAAUCUAGAUCCAAAUCGCCCAGUCGAGAUUCAAAAACACGUCGUUCUCGAUCACCGGCAUCUAAGUCGAGGCGAUCUCGAUCUAAGUCAAGAUCAAGACGUUCUAGGUCUAGGUCAAAGUCUAGAAGAUCCAAAUCCAGGUCGCAAGAUCGCUCGAAAUCGAGACGUACAAAGUCCAAAUCUCCGAGAUCGCAUUCGAGAUCUCGUUCACGAUCUAAAAAAUCAAGAUCGAAAAGCAUUGAUAGAAGUAAGUCUAGAAAAUCGAGAUCCGAUUCAAGCGAUUCAAGAUCAUCAAAAUCUCGUUCGAAGUCACCGGAUAAGAGAAAGGAUACUCUCGAUUCCAACAGGAAACGAGAUGCAACUACAAGCAGUAGCUCUGAAUCAGAAGAAGAAAAAGGAGCGAAAGAUAAAAAUGACUUCGAAAUUAGAAAGAAGAAAGAUGGAGUACAGGCAAAGAGAUCAUAUAGGAAAACAAAUAAGGAUGACAGUGGUAGUGACAGUGACUCGAGUCGAGAAAGAAAAUCAGUUCCUAAGCGAAGGAGUCCAACGCCACGAAAAGAUAGAGGUCGAUCAAAGGACAGAGAUAGAUCGCGAGAUAGAUCACGCGAUAGAUCACGGGAUAGGUCUCGGGAUAGAUCUCGAGAUAGGAAUAGAAGGAGAUCCAUAGACAGAGAACGUGAAAGAAGAAGAGAACGGGAGCGAGAAAGGGAACGGGAGAGAUUGGAUAGAUACAGCGGCAGUCGCAGCAUGCGACCGCCAUCUGUACGCAGAGCACCUAGUAGACGCAGAAGCCCUCCUCGAAGAAGCCCGGCACGAUAUCGUCGCAGAUCACCAAGUCCCGGAGAUAGGCGCCGAAGAAGAUCUCUCGAUCGAAGACGAAGAUCAUCGGAAAGAAGAGACAGACGUCGAUCUCCGGAUCGUCGUGAUAGCAGACGUCGUUCGCCAGACGGACGGGACCGAUCCCUCAGGUACGAUAGAUCUUCCUCUCGUGACAGAUCGAGUAGGCGAGACCGUUCCAGAGACAGGGACAGAAGGGAUAGAGAUAGAAGAUCUAGAUCUAGGGAUCGUAGGUCUAGAUCAAAAGAUCAAAGAUCAUCGGUGGAUCAUUCGAGAGAUGGAAAACGAUCUCCCGAUCGCUCAAGAGAUGCUAAGGAGAAGACAAAGGACAAGAAAGUGGAUGAAAAAAUUAAAAGAUCAUCUGAUACGGGAUCGCGAAAAGAAUUACGAAACGGAAGGUCUAAGUCAAGUAGCUCGGAAAGUAGCGAAAGUAGUUCCUCUAGCAAUGAGGAUGAAGUGACCAGAAAGUCACUAGAGCGGAAAUCGUCUCAAGAAAAGCGAGAACGUGAGAGGGAUCGUGAACACGCAGAUGAGAAACGUAAAGAAAAGGAGAAGCCUAUCAAGGAGGAGUCCAUUAAACGACCCGAAAAGGACAUCAAGAAAGCUGAACCUGUGAACAUCAAGAAACCAGAUCUCAGCGUUUCUCCUAAAAAACUUCAAUCUGCUACGCUUCCUGUAACUAGACACAGGUUUUCGAAGAGUUUAUCUAGAACACCGUCUCCGUUUAAAAAGACUGAAGACAUCAUAGCAGCGGUUAAAGUCAAACAACCUUCGAAAGAAGAUAACAAAGAGGGAUCACCAAAAGAAGAAUCGAGCUUUUCAUCUGCGGAUACGUUCCCGCUAAAAAAGGAUGAAAAAUCGAUCAAAUCAAUUAAAAUUACAUCUGAGGACAAGAAGUCAGGUCAAAAAUCGUCAGAGCCAGUUCUCUUGAAAAAGCCAGCAGAAGUAAUAAAAAAAUCGAAGAGAGAAAAACGCGAUGGUUCUACAGAUUCAAACGAUAGUGAAAGCGAAGGUAAGAAAAGGUCAAAAAAGUUAGAGAAAUCCAAGAAAUCCAGGAAAGCUUCCACGGAUGAAGAGAAGUCAGACAAAUGUGGUUCUAGUUCAGAUUCUGAAGAGGAAAGGAAGCACGCAGAGAAAACCAAAAAAAUUAGGGAUUCGAAUCGAGGCGAUUCAUUAGAUGAACGUACAAAAGACAGAAAAGAUAGUAGAAAACGGGAAAUGAACGAAAACGAAUCUCGUAAGCGACCGAAAAAAGAGAUAGAAGAGGAAACGAAGAAAUCAAAAAGAUCUAGAAAAGAUUCCUCUUCGGGAGAUGAAGAACAGAAGAUAAAAAGAAAUAAAAGUGAAGACGAUAGGUCCAGAUUACGAAAACCCAAAAAAGAUUCGAGUUCGGACGAUGAACCGAAAAAGACACGAAAACGAAGAGACAGUUCUUCGGAAGAUGAAAAGUCAAGAACGAGGAAGUCAAGAAAGGAUUCUACGAGCGAAGACGAAGGGAAAGUACGUUUGAAAAAAUCUAAGCGAGACUCAAGUACAGAUGAUGAAGAGAUUGGAGAAAAAGAUGCGAAGAAAAAGAGAAAAGCGGAUGACAGUUCAGAUGAAGAAAAGGUGAAGAAAAAACGUAAGAAGAAGACUAAAACUAGCACUAGUGAAUCAGAGGAAAGUGAAGUAGAAGAAAAGAAAAAGAAGAAGGAUAAAAAGCAUAAGAAACAUAAGAAGCAUAAGAAACAUAGAAAACAUAAAAAGAAGAAGGUUGCAGAUUCUGACGAAUCUGAUGUAAGUGAAGGUAAUACAGAAGAAUUAGAAAAAAAACUUCGCGAGAAAGCAUUAAAAUCGAUGAAGAAAGGACACAGCAUAGAAGGAAGUGAUUGAGGUGUUGUGUGAUUUAUCGAGGGUGUGUUACGUGUGUGUAUCUCUGUAUUACAAUGCACUUGCUCUGAUUGUAUCACGAAUACAUUUCUGUUUAUUAUUAUCGUUAA